CAAAACCAGAUCAAGAACCAUUCCAAUUCUCUAAAACCCUCAAGAACUCUCCAAAACCAAAAUCCACAAAUCUUCACCAAUCUUUGAUCAAAUUGCAAAAUUAUUGUUGCAUUGAUCUUGUAAUAGCCUACACUCCAUCUGUUUCUAGGUUUCUUCACCAAUUAAGCCUCGAAUCACCACUGUCCAAGCAAGCAUCUCCAAUGGAAAAUCGGGAAUUCGCAUGCUAGAAGUGGAAUCAAUUGAACCUGAACCUGGAAUUCAACUCAUUGAAGCUUGUUUCACAUCUGUUUUGGACUUAAACGCGUGAAGAACACCGAUUGCAUGCACUGCCAUUGCCGGUACUUUAGUCGCUCAGUUCCUUGUGAACUAUUGCUUUGCUUUGCUUAAGCAACUUGCAUUUGAGGAAUCAUUGCUCGUGCUCGCAGAACUGUACUUUUGCACUCAACUCGUCCUCACAGAUACUUCACCAGACGCAAUACUCCCAGACUGAUGGAUCCUCCCAACGCUGACAUCCUCGAACUGAAAGAGAAGAUGGGAGAGCUGAUCAAUGUCAUGCAAGAGUUCGCCUUGGGGCAGAAAGUAAUUGCCGAAAAGGUGGGGAGAAUUGAAGACUGGCUGAAGAUGGGGAACAUGCAAGGAAACGCUUCGUCGUCUGGACCGAAGAAAUCUUUUGGUAAUGACCAGCACAAGGAUGAGGGUGAAUCGAGUGCUGUGCACGCCCAGAGGGGGCACGGUAGGGGUCGUUACUACCAGCACACUGCUGCGGUGACCAUCCCUGCUGGUAAGCAGUCGGUCCGACAGCAACCUCAGACUACUCCACAGAAGAUACAGGGAGCUGGGAGUCAAGGGAAAGGAAAGGGGGUUGAUCGUCAUUUUGACAAGCCACCCAUGCCCUACGCUGCUCUGUUUAAAAGGUUGAUGGCUAUGGGGAUGGUUCAGCCAAGAAUGUUAGCUCCAUUGAGAUCGGACCAGUGGCCACCUAACUAUAAUGAGAACGCCAAAUGUGAAUUUCAUUCUGGUACGCAGGGGCAUGACAUUGAGGGUUGCAGAGCCUUUAAGCAUACUGUUCAAGACCUACUGGAGUCCAAGGCCCUCCAUUUUUCAAUGUUGACAGAUGUUAAUGCUAAUCCCAUGCCGACGCAUGGUCAGGUGAUGGGGAAGGCAGUUGCUGAAGAUUCAGAUCACACCCGGGCAGUGGGUAAAGAAGCUAACAGUGACUGGGGAAUUGAUCAAUGGAUAAAAUCGUGCGUGCCAGGGAGCUGGAAGGCCUAGAAAGAAUCAGCACUGUUACUCAUCUGGAAGAGUAUUAUUUCUUGUUUUCAGUUUAUUUGCAUGAAAGCCAUACGUGUUACCCGACACGUAAUGGUUCAUUGU